CGGCGGUGGGAGCAGCAGCGGCGCUUGGGGCAAGGGGCUAACGCUGCCGCCCCGUACGGUCUCCACCCGGGAGGACAGCGGCGGGAGCACCGCCGUAAGCAGCGAACCGAGCGAGGAGGUAGUGGCGAGGGAUCGAGGAAGAAAAGACGGACCAGACCGCGAUCGCCCGGGCGGCAGCAGCAGCAGCCGGAGCCCGGGGGGACUCUGCACUCUCGCCUCCCUGUAACGGUCUCUGAAAGGCAGCAGAAAAGAGUUCUGGGAGCACAAGGAACAUGGCAACCCAAGCUGACUUGAUGGAGCUGGAUAUGGCAAUGGAGCCAGACAGAAAAGCAGCAGUCAGUCACUGGCAGCAGCAGUCCUAUCUGGACUCCGGUAUCCAUUCCGGAGCCACAACAACUGCUCCCUCCUUGAGCGGCAAGGGCAAUCCUGAAGAGGAAGAUGUGGACACAACGCAAGUGCUAUACGAGUGGGAGCAGGGAUUCUCCCAGUCCUUCACCCAGGAGCAAGUUGCUGAUAUCGACGGCCAGUACGCAAUGACCAGAGCUCAGAGAGUGCGGGCAGCUAUGUUCCCUGAAACACUGGACGAGGGAAUGCAGAUCCCAUCCACGCAGUUUGAUGCUGCCCACCCAACUAACGUGCAGCGCCUGGCUGAGCCCUCCCAGAUGCUGAAACACGCCGUUGUCAACUUGAUAAACUACCAAGAUGAUGCCGAGCUGGCGACUCGUGCCAUCCCAGAGCUGACCAAGCUGCUGAACGACGAGGACCAGGUGGUGGUGAACAAGGCCGCAGUUAUGGUGCAUCAGCUGUCCAAGAAGGAGGCCUCUCGCCAUGCCAUCAUGCGGUCUCCUCAGAUGGUGUCUGCCAUCGUGCGCACCAUGCAGAACACGAACGACGUGGAGACGGCCCGCUGCACCGCAGGGACGCUGCACAACCUCUCCCACCACCGGGAAGGCCUGCUGGCCAUCUUCAAAUCGGGAGGCAUCCCUGCUCUGGUCAAAAUGCUUGGGUCCCCGGUGGACUCGGUGCUGUUCUAUGCCAUUACCACACUUCACAACCUCCUGCUGCAUCAGGAAGGGGCCAAGAUGGCUGUGCGGCUGGCUGGUGGGCUGCAGAAGAUGGUGGCCCUGCUCAACAAGACAAAUGUCAAAUUCCUGGCCAUCACAACAGACUGCCUGCAGAUCCUAGCCUAUGGCAAUCAAGAAAGUAAGCUGAUUAUUCUGGCAAGUGGUGGACCCCAGGCUCUAGUAAACAUAAUGAGGACCUAUACUUAUGAGAAGCUAUUGUGGACCACAAGUAGAGUGCUGAAGGUGUUGUCGGUCUGCUCCAGCAACAAACCUGCUAUUGUUGAGGCUGGGGGGAUGCAAGCUUUGGGACUCCACCUCACCGAUCCUAGCCAGCGUCUUGUGCAGAACUGUCUCUGGACUCUGAGGAAUCUGUCGGAUGCUGCCACAAAGCAGGAGGGCAUGGAAGGCCUUCUAGGAACUCUGGUUCAGCUUCUAGGGUCAGAUGAUAUUAACGUUGUGACUUGUGCCGCUGGCAUCCUUUCUAACCUUACCUGCAACAACUACAAGAACAAGAUGAUGGUGUGCCAGGUGGGUGGCAUCGAGGCUCUUGUGCGCACAGUGCUUCGGGCCGGAGACAGGGAGGACAUCACCGAGCCUGCCAUCUGCGCGCUGCGGCACCUCACCAGCAGGCACCAGGAGGCUGAGAUGGCUCAGAACGCGGUGCGCCUGCACUACGGGCUCCCGGUGGUGGUGAAGCUGUUGCACCCGCCCUCACACUGGCCUCUGAUCAAGGCCACAGUGGGGCUGAUCCGCAACCUGGCACUGUGCCCUGCCAACCACGCUCCACUGCGCGAGCAAGGAGCCAUUCCCAGGCUAGUGCAGCUGCUGGUGAGAGCGCACCAGGACACCCAGCGGCGCACCUCCAUGGGCGGCACGCAGCAGCAGUUCGUGGAGGGUGUGCGCAUGGAGGAGAUAGUUGAGGGCUGCACCGGAGCCCUGCACAUCCUUGCACGCGACGUUCACAAUCGGAUCGUCAUCAGGGGCCUCAACACCAUUCCUCUCUUCGUGCAGUUGUUGUACUCUCCCAUUGAGAACAUCCAGAGAGUAGCUGCAGGGGUGCUCUGUGAAUUGGCUCAAGACAAGGAAGCAGCUGAAGCAAUUGAAGCUGAAGGUGCAACCGCCCCUCUAACGGAACUGCUUCACUCUAGGAAUGAGGGCGUUGCAACCUAUGCAGCUGCAGUGCUCUUCAGGAUGUCCGAGGACAAGCCCCAGGACUAUAAGAAGCGGCUCUCGGUUGAGCUGACAAGCUCCCUGUUCCGCACGGAGCCCAUGGCUUGGAAUGAGACGGCAGACCUCGGACUGGACAUUGGCGCCCAGGGAGAGCCCCUCGGAUACCGCCCCGAUGAUCCUAGCUACCGUUCUUUCCACUCGGGCGGCUACGGUCAGGAUGCCUUGGGUAUGGACCCUAUGAUGGAACAUGAAAUGGGUGGCCACCACCCCGGUGCUGACUACCCAGUUGAUGGGCUGCCAGAUCUUGGCCAUGCCCAGGACCUUAUGGAUGGGCUGCCUCCAGGUGACAGUAAUCAGUUGGCCUGGUUCGAUACUGACCUGUAAAUCAUCCUUUAGCUGUAUCAUCUGACUGACCUUGCGUUGAUUGGCCUGUAGAGUUGCUGAGAGGGCUCGAGGGGUGGGCUGGUAUCUCAGAAAGUGCCUGACACACUAACCAAGCUGAGUUUCCUAUGGGAACAAUUGAAGUAAACUUUUUGUUCUGGUCCUUUUUGGUCGAGGAGUAAUAAUACAAAUGGAUUUUGGGAGUGACUCAAGGAAGGAAGAGUGCACAAGAAUGAACUGCAAGAUGGAACUGAUCAAACCUUAGCCUUGCUUGUUAAAAAGUUACUAUUUUUUUUAAAUCUCUGUAAUGGUACUGACCUUGCUUGCUUUGGGAGUAGCCUUUCUUCUCGCAGUAACUGUUGUUAGGUUGGACUUCUGGGUUCUCCUCUGUUUCUUUUGUUUGUUUUUCGGUUGUUUCUUUCCUUUUCAGUCUCUGGUAGUAUUAAGUUAUAGUGAAUAUGCUCCUGCAGUUUCUGAUUUUUAAGGAUUGAGUAAAGGUGUAGAACACUAAUUCAUAACCGCUCUAACUGUACUCAGAAUAAAGUGUAACAUUGUGUAGCCUUUUUGUAUAAAAAACAAAAACUAGACAAAUAGAAAUGGUCCAAUUAGUUUCCUUUUUAAUAUGCUUAAAAUAAGCAGGUGGAUCUAUUUCAUGUUUUUGAUCAAAAACUUUAUCUGGGAUAUGUCUGGGUAGGGGCCAGUAAGAACUGUUUCUUUGGAACCUUGUAUUGGACAGUUUACCAGUUGCCUUUUAUCCCAAAGUUAUUGUAGCCUGCUGUGAUACAGAUGCUUCAUGAGACAAAUGCAGUUAUACAAUGGUUCAGAAUUAAAGUAAACUUUUACUUC